UUCCUUAAUUUGUUUACUUUGAUCGUUGUACACGGUUUGGCUUCUACUUGCAAAAAUUCAUAACAAAAAUGGCUUCAACGUAUUGCCAAUUCUGUGAAAAGGAUAAAUUUAAGUAUACUUGUCCUAAGUGUAACGCUUUGUAUUGUUCAGUGGCGUGCUACAAAGCACCGGAGCACUUGAAAUGUUCUGAAGAAUUUUAUAAGUCUUGUAUACAAGAAGAAUUAACCACAUCUCAACCCAAUUCACGGGAUGAUAUGAAAAAAAUGUAUGAAAUUUUAACCCGAAUGCAUGAGAGCGAAGCUGGUCUCGAACCUGAUUUCAAUGAUCCAAUAGACUCUGACGACGAGGGAGUGGAUGCUGAAAAUUGCGCCGAAGUAGAUUUAGAUGAGGAUGAUGAGGAGGAAGAUGUUGAAGAUAACGCGACACGCUUACAAGAUGUUGAUAUUAAUGAUGCUGACGAAAUAUGGCAUAGAUUGACAUCAGAGGAGCGCUCGGAAUUCAAAAAGAUGGUUGAUUGUGGUGAAAUAAUGAAAUUAUUGCCUAGUUAUAAACCCUGGUGGAUGAAAUCAAAGCCCCCAAAAAUUGUAGAAGUAAGCUGCGACAAAAGCGAUCAAGCCGAAAAUUCGAAUGUACCUGAAAUACAAAAACAAAUUCCAAAGUUUUCUAGUAUUUGCCAAAAGCCUCCUUCAAGUUGCUUGCAUUAUAAUCUUUGGAAUAUC